GGGCUGUCCUUUUUGGACCUGUACGCUCUCCACGGUUUGCUGUGCGAUGCUUCACGUAUGUCAGUGAGUGUCUUUAUUCUCUUGUCGAGUUACCAGCGGUAUAACGGCAGCAGAGGAGCCGGCUGUCUCAGGCUGCCAGAUCUGCCCUAUAUCUCGUCUUAUGAUGAUCGCUGCGGCGUUUUUGGUCCUGUUAAGGCCGUACAGUAUUCAAUGUGUGCUGCUGUUGCUGUUGCUUUUGCUGGGGACUAUUGCGACUAUUUUGUUUUUCUGCUGCUGGCAUCGCAGGCUUCGUAAUGGAAAGCAUCCAAUAAAAUCGGUGCUCUCUGGACGCCCCAAGAGCCGCGUUGGCCUGCGAACGCAUCAUUUUCGAUCAGAGGGCUUCAGGCACAGUCCACAUCGUGCAAGGAGGAGCAUACAUGCUCGAGUGACAGAGGAAAAGCCCAAUCUGGUCGAGGUUCCUGAGAGUGAACCCGAUUCAUUGUCGUCUCUAAGAAAACGCAAAGUGAAGAAAAGAGUCCUGCCAGAAUUUUACCAGUCUGUACAAGUCACCCCUACACGUAAACCUAGCUCCAGUUCGGGCAAUCCGUCCCUGCAUUGCUCCAUGUCUUCCUCGGCGGAUUUUUCGGACGAGGAUGAGUACAGUCUUAAAUCUGGAUCGGCGUCUCCCGCACCAGGAGACACUUUACCCUGGAACCUGCCGAGACAUGAGCGGUCCAAGAGAAAAAUCCAGGGAGGAUCCGUGCUGGAUCCGGCGGAGAGAGCUGUGCUGAGGAUCGCAGAUGAAAGAGACAGAGUGCAGAAGAAGACGUUUACAAAAUGGAUAAACCAGCAUCUGCUGAAGGUACGAAAGCAUAUAAAUGAUCUAUAUGAAGACUUGCGAGAUGGACAUAACCUGAUCUCACUGCUGGAGGUUUUGUCUGGAGAUACACUGCCUCGGGAGAGAGGUAGGAUGCGCUUCCACAGACUCCAGAAUGUACAGAUAGCGUUGGAUUAUUUAAAGAGGCGGCAGGUCAAACUUGUAAAUAUCAGGAAUGAUGACAUCACAGACGGCAACCCAAAACUGACGCUGGGAUUGAUCUGGACCAUAAUUCUGCACUUUCAGAUCUCGGAGAUCCACGUGACAGGAGAGUCCGAGGACAUGACAGCCAAGGAGAGACUGCUGCUCUGGUCCAAGCAGAUGACAGAGGGCUAUGUAGGUGUGCGAUGUGAAAAUUUCACAACCUCCUGGAGGGAUGGGAGGCUAUUUAAUGCCCUCAUUCAUAAAUACAGACCAGACCUGGUGGACAUGAGCCGGGUGUCAACACAGACCAACCGAUCAAAUUUAGAGAACGCAUUUUGUGUGGCUGAACAGCUUGGGGUGGCCAGACUACUGGACCCCGAGGAUGUUGACGUGCAGUCUCCUGAUGAAAAGUCAGUCAUCACGUACGUCUCAACGCUGUAUGAUGCCUUCCCCAAAGUACCCGACGGCGUUGAAGGAAUUAGUCCUAAUGAUGUUGAUAUCAAAUGGGUGGAGUACCAGAAUAUGAUCAAAUACCUCAGCCAGUGGAUCAAACACAAUGUGGCCAUAAUGUCAGAUAGAUCAUUCCCCAAUAACCCUGUGGAGCUCAAGGCACUUUAUACACAGUAUCUACAAUUCAAAGAACAUGAAAUCCCGCAAAAAGAAAACGAGAAAACAAGAAUCAAAAAUCUCUACAAAAUGCUUGAGAUGUGGAUUGAGUUUGGACGUCUUCAUCUACCCCCGGGUCAUCAUCCGAAUGAUGUGGAGAAGGAAUGGGGUAAACUAAUUGUUGCCAUGCUGGAAAGAGAGAAGAGCCUGAGGCCAGAGGUGGAAAGGCUUGAAAUGUUACAGCAGAUUGCCAAUAGGGUUCAGCGGGACUGCGUUAACGGCGAGGACAAGCUUGCACUGGCAAGGACAGCCCUGCAGUCUGAUGCAAAACGACUCGAGUCUGGUAUUCAGUUCCUUAAUGAAGCUGAGAUUGCUGGCUACCUGUUGGAGUGUGAGAAUAUUCUCAGACAGCAAGUAGUGGACAUCCAGAUUCUUCUGGAUGGGAAAUUCCCAUUUGCAGAUCAACUUGUCCAAAGGGUGUCAAAACUCCGGGAUGAUCUUCUAGUCCUGAGAGCCGAAUGCUCCUCUGUGUACAGCAAAGGCCGCACCCUGACAACAGAGCAAACCAAAAUGAUGAUCUCAGGCAUCACACAGAGUCUGAACUCUGGCUUCUCCCAGACCAUUAACACUAACCUGACACCAGCCCUUACUCCUGCACUCACCCCAGGGGUAGUAGGUACCCCUGGGUCCACCUUCACCUCGAGCCUUACGCCGUGCCUCACCCCAUCCUUGACUCCUGCCUUGACCCCCAGUCUGCAGCCUGCAUCAGUCCAGAGCUUCAUAGGGAGCGGUGGUGGCAUGGACCCAGGUAGCCUCAGGCACUUGAAAAACAUGCAGAUCCGGAAGCCCUUACUGAAAUCCUCACUGGCAGACCCCAGCUUGACAGAAGAAGAGGUCAACAUGAAAUUUGUUCAGGACCUUCUGAAUUGGGUCGAAGAGAUGCAGAUGGAGCUGGAGCGUUCAGAGUGGGGAUCUGAUAUGCCAAGUGUGAAAAUGCAUUUAGAUAACCACAAAAAUGUACACAGAGUGAUUGAAGAAUUCCAAAUGAGUCUCAAAGAAGCCAAACUAAGUGAAAUUCAGAUGACAAUACCCUUAAAGCUAAGCUAUUCAGACAAACUGAACAAACUGGAAAAGCAGUACGAACGUCUCUUGAUCUGUUCCAGAGAGCGGCAAAGCCACCUGGAGAGCUUGCAUGACUUUGUGUCACAGGCAACUCAAGAGCUCAUCUGGCUGAACGAGAAGGAGGAAGAGGAGGUCGCCUUUGAUUGGAGUGAUCGCAACAUUAAUAUCUCCAAGAAAAGAGACUACCAUGCUGACCUGAUGAGGGAGCUGGAUGAAAAGGAGGAAGCCAUCAAGUCUGUGCAGGACAAGGCAGAGCGCCUUAUGCUUAAGAAUCACCCAGCCAGGCUAACUAUUGAAGCAUACAAAGCUGCAAUGCAGACACAGUGGAGCUGGAUUUUACAGCUCUGCUCGUGUGUAGAACAACAUCUCAAGGAGAAUGCUGUUUAUUUUGAGUUUUUCAGUGAUGCCAAAGAGUCCAUGGAUUACCUUAAAAACUUGCAGGAUUCUAUUCAAAGAAAAUACAGCUGCGAUCGAACAAGUAGCCUGCACAGACUAGAGGAUCUCAUUCAGGAGUCCAUGGAUGAGAAAGAGCAGCUUCUUCAGUACCGCAGCACUGUAGCUGGGUUAGUGGGCAGGGCUAAAAAUAUUGUGCAGCUCAAGCCCAGGAACCCUGAAAAUUCAGUGAGAUCUUCCAUCCCUGUUAAAGCAAUCUGCGAUUAUCGGCAGAUAGAGAUCACCAUUUAUAAAGAUGAUGAGUGUGUACUGGCCAAUAACUCUCACCGGGCUAAGUGGAAAAUCAUCAACCCAGCAGGUAAUGAGGCGAUGGUUCCCUCGGUUUGCUUCACUGUGCCUCCACCCAACAAAGAGGCUGUUGAUAUGGCUUCAAGAACUGAGCAGUUAUACCAGAACGUCCUGGCACUGUGGCACCACUCCCACAUCAACAUGAAGAGUGUGGUGUCUUGGCAUUACCUAAUGACUGACAUUCGAGCCAUCCGCAACUGGAAUGUGGCUUCAAUAAAGACCAUGCUGCCAGGUGAGCAUCAGCAGGUCUUGAGCAACCUGCAGUCCCACUUUGAUGAGUUCCUGGAAGACAGUGAGGAGUCAGAGGUGUUCACAGUGGCCGACUGCGCACAGCUCGAGAGAGAUGUGACGGCCUGUAAGGAGUACUACCAGGAACUGCUCAGAUCCGCAGAGAGAGAAGAACACGAGGAGUCAGUGUACAAUCAUUACAUCUCUGAAAUACGUAACUUCCGAAUGCAUCUGGAAGCCCAUGAAGAACGCCUCAUCAGGCAAAUCCGCACACCACUGGAAAGAGAUGAUUUGGAGCAGAGUCUGCAGCGUAUCACAGAGCAUGAGAGAAAGAUGGCAGAGCUGAAUAAGUUGAAGGACGACCUGGAUGCCAUGAAGGAGAAGUGCGAGGUGUUCCUCAGACAGGCCGCGGGUUCUCCGUCUGCGGCAACGCUUUCGUCUGAGCUCACAGUUCUCAUUCAGAGCAUGAGCCAAGUAUACUCAAUGUCUUCCAUAUAUAUGGACAAAUUAAAAACUGUGAGUUUAGUGGUGAAGCACAGUCAGAGUGCAGAGGCCCUGGUUAAGGCCUAUGAAUCCAAACUGUACGAAGAAGAUGCCAUGAACCCUGAUCUCAAAUCCAUUGAAAGUGUCAUUUCUACACUGAAGCAAUGGCGGACAGAGAUCGAUGAAAGACAGGAGGUGUUCCACGACAUGGAGGAUGAGCUGCAGAAAGCGCGCGUCAUCAGCGACCGCAUGUUUAAAGCGCACAACGAGCGCGACUUUGACCUCGACUGGCACAAAGAAAAGGCAGAUCAGUUAAGCGAGCGGUGGCAGAACAUCCACUCCCAGAUUGAUAGCAGGCUGCGGGAGCUGGAUGGCAUCAGCAAAUCUCUGAAGCACUACAGAGACUCCUAUAGUAGCCUCGAUGAAUGGGUUAGAGAAAUGGAAGCAGCACAGCUGAAGGCCCAAGAACACAAACCUGAAGAUAGCAAGGCACUGGCUGAGCUGUUAAACAAACAGAAAAUCCUUGUUGCUGAAAUUGAGCAGAAACAGAGCAGUAUAGAUGAGUGUCAAAAGUACUCAGAGCAGUACUCAUCUGCUGUUAAGGAUUAUGAACUUCAGCUGAUGACGUUCAGAGCGAUGGUCGACUCCCAACACAAAUCUCCUCUCAAGAAACGGAGAAUGCAGAGCUCCUCUGACGCCAUUCAGCAAGAGUUUAUGGAUCUCCGAACCCGCUACACUGCUCUGGUGACUCUGAUGACACAGUAUGUGAAGUUUGCCAGCGAAACACUGAAGAGAACUGAGGAUGAGGAGAGAUCUGUUGAUGAGGAGAAGAGAGAGCAUGGUGAUAAAGUUAACAAACUAUUGCAGUGGAUGUCCAAUGUGAAACAGACCAUGAGCAAUAAUGGGGAUGCUCUGAAAGAUAGUAAUGCCAACACAGAUGCUUCUAAUAAGCCCCAGGUGUCAGUUGAGGAAAUGGUCACUAAAAAGGAACAAAUUUCCGAAGCCUUGAGGUCCACACAAAUGAUGCUAAACAAACACAGUGACAAAAUGUCAGAAGAGGAAAGAAAGAAGGCCCAGGAGCAGCUGCAGUCUCUCACUCAGGCCUACAGUGAAAUCUCCCAGCAGUGCUCAGAUCAGACAGCCUCUGCAGAAGAGGUUUUCAAACCCGCUGAUAUCAUUGGGACUGGAAUGAGUGGCCUGAUUGAUCAGAGGGCUUUGGUUCAUCUCCCAGAAGCCCUCCUGACCUCCAGCCUCUCUCAGUCUGAGCCCCAGGUCCAUCAGGGGUGCAACGAUGCUCUAGAAGAAAAUCGCACAUACACAUCGACGCUGAAUCACUUGCCAGUGUUUAAUGAAUCAAGCAAGUGCAUACAGAGCUCACAUGUCUCUUCUGUGUCCCUGUCUGACGUAGCAGCAGCUAGGGAAGGGUCCACGUGUGAAGAUAUGAUCCUAAAGAUAAUAGAGGUCAGCCAGGUCAGUGAUGACGUGAAGGUGUGCUACACAGGGGACACAGUGACCCUGGAGAAGGGAUUUCAGUGUGGUUUAAUUCCUGCUUCUGUCUAUGUAAAGAUCCUUCAGAGGAAAAAGUCUUGCCAGGAUAUGACAGGUUUUGGCACUGCAGAAAGUCUGUCUUCCUUAGAACCCGAAGAGGAGCUUGAACCUUGUGAGGUUAAUAAACUGAUAUUAAAGUGCCUCAGCAGAAAGAAAUCCCUGACAUCAGAGAGGAAUAUUAACAGUGUGACUUCCGGUGGUUUUUGUGAUCAAGAGAUUAUGUCAAGGUUGUUAGGUGCUCAGGGGGAUCUAGGUGAUCCCGAAGAAGGUCAGAAUGUCACAGAGGGGAACAUCCUAAAUGGUGCAGGUGGGCUGAAGGUGGAUGCAGCCAUUCAGUGCGAUCUGAUGAGCUCCAGCAGCACACUCAUCGUGCUGGAAAAUCAGCCACAGUUCAUGGGAGUUGUGUUGCCUCACUCUGGGGAAAUCCAAACUGUGUCUACCUCGUAUGAAUCCCAAAUCACCUCCAAUGACUUUACCUGCAGACUUUUUAGUAAUCAGGGAAAAAUAGCAGCAUUUUACAUUCCGGAAAAUUCAGAGGUGGUAGAUAUCACCACCGCUAUUAAAAAUGGUUGGAUCGACAUUCACACAGCAGAGGUUCUGAAGUCUGUAGAGAUUCCUGAUGUGUUCCCAGAUGUUGGUCACCUUAGUGAAAAGUUUUCAUCUUGGCUCACGUAUAAAAAGCUGGCAAUUGACGAGUUGCCUCAUGAUGGUUCAGAAUGUAACCUCCCCUCUCCCAUGGAGGCAAAACAGUUAUUCAUCUCAUACUUGAUGAUGAACAGUUACAUUGAUCCAAAGUCAGCGCAGAGGGUUUUGAUACUUGAUGAUCAGUUAAAUAAAAUGGCUCAAGCUUUUCUUGAAGAUCCAGUAUUUUAUCUGAAGACUGAUGAAAGUUUGACUAAUCUGAAUUUAGAUGUCAAAAAUCAUUCAGAACAUGCAGAUUCUGAGAUGUCAUUACACAUAAAUGAGGAAACGGAGGAGUUAAUAAAUACCACACAGCAUGUGUUUGAUCCUCAUGACUUUGUUUCCCAGACCGGCGGGAGAAUCACCUUUGAUGAAAACACACAACACACAAUUGAGCCUCAUAAUUUUGUUUCCUCCAGCAGUGGACGAAUAACCUUUGAUGAAAAAUCAAAUAAAAAUGACAAGGCUUCAAACCAUGAGCCUGUCAGGGACUUUUUAGUGGGUAGUGAUGCUGAUAUUGAUACUACAAAGUCUGCUACAGAGGAGGGAAACAUGUAUGAAAACAGCACAUACUGGACAAAGUCAGAUCAAUUUGAAGAAGGAAUUUCUGGAAAUACUUUACAAAUGGAGGCUGGAGAUUAUGCCAGAGAAGAUCAUGAUAUUUCAGGUUCUCUACAUGUGUCAGUCCCUGACACAUUUUGCUCUGGGGAAAGCAGAAACAUUGGCUUACCACCCAGGAUGACUGACUCUGAGUCCUCAUUUAUAUCUUGCCAUCAAGUGCUACCAGAUUAUAAGGUUAAGUGCUUUGAAUCACCAAGUGUUCAUACUGACCAAGCUGACAUUUUAUGCUCUGAAGACUCAGUGGAGGGCAGAAAUGAGCGGGACCGUGCUAUUCAGCUUCUAAAGGCCCAAAUGGAGGGAGGGGGCAUUUUGGACGUUACCUCUGGGAACUUUUAUAACCUGCAGGAGGCUCUUAAUAAGGGAUUAGUGGAUGAAAAGACAGUACUUGAGCUGCAUGACUCACAGUCAAAUGAAAAAAUUGGCAUCCUAGGAGAUGAGACAGGCACAAAUUCUGUAUUAAAACAGGCAGCGUCAAGCAGAUGUCACACAGAGCAGCAGAGCUUUUUGAGGUCUCAUUGCAGUAUUGGUAUCAGUGAGUCAUUGCCCCUGGAAUUAGUUAAGGACUUAGAUUCCAAAGAUAGCAUAUAUCCAGAAGAAAACCGUGUUUACUCCCUUUCUGAAGGUCAAGAUCUGGGUUCAAUAAAUACGAAUGAAGCUGAAAAUAUGCAGCAGGUGAUUUCGAGGAAAGCUGCUGUCAUGGCGCUGGAUUUAGCCCACGAGGAGGCUAAUAACAAAGAGAAAGAAAGUGAAAACAGAAGUUCAGAUUUAGGGUGUGAGGCAGUGGGGGAUGUAGAAAUGAUCACCAAUAAAGUACAGUUUUCCCUUUUGUCAGAAAAUGGUAACAUGCCUCAGAUGAUCUCACCCUCCUUAUGGAGUCAGGUUACAGCACAGUGUACUAAUCAUAUAGAAAAAUUGCCUUUACUGGCCGAAGAGAGUGACUCACAGAUCUUAAUGGAUAGUGACAUGACAGGUAGAAUCUCCAGCAUCAAUAUUGCUUCCAAAAGCCAGACUCAGCGUGCCACUUUAACUUAUCAUUCCAGUAAAUCUGACAGCACACCCGGUGGUAAUGAUUUUUUCAGUUCUGGAUAUGAUGCCAGUGUAAGAAAUCAGACAUUCAGUCGGGGUGAAUCAGGCACGUCUGAUUCAUAUUGCAGUGCUUUGUCUUUGGAAACUAGAGUGGAGGAUGAAAGCGGUGCUCAGUCACCUUUGGGCAGUGAGCCAGCUCUGAGUGUGGAUUACACAUCGCUCGGGGAUUUGGUUGAGAGUGCAGUCAUCUCGGUUUCCAGGGGUAAUUGUAACUCUGUCGAAAACAUUGCAAAAGAUGGCAGUGUAAUCGCAUUACCUCAGCAAGCAGAAAGUGAUUUUAGUGGUGAAUCUGAGCCCAGCAGCUGUCAGAGAGAGCAGAGCUCGAUUGCACCUGUUUGUGGAAGACUUCCACAACAACAGAGCUUUUCUUCUGAGAUACCUGCUGUUUGCAGCAACACAACAGCAACAAAUACCAUCAAUCAGAGCAGCUAUGAUAUCGAAGAUUCAGUCCUGACUCAUAAAGAUUUGUUAGCAUUGACACAUGGUGGCGCAGGUGAUGCUGAAAGGCUUUCCCCACAGAGUCAAAACGAUGACAUUGUCACUGGUGAUACUGAACAGAUCUUUGUAUCUCCCUGUCAGAGAGAUCAGAUCUCAAAUGCACCUGUUUGUGGAAGACUUCUACAACAACAGAGCUCUUCUUCUGAGAUACCUGCUGUUUACAGCGACACAACAGCAACAAAUACCAUCAGUCACAGCAAAUAUGAUAUCGAAGAUUCAGUCCUGACUCAUAAAGAUUUGUUAGGGUCGAGACAUGGUGGCGCAGGUGAUGCUGAAAGGCUUUCCCCACAGAGUCAAAAUGAUGACAUUGUCACUGGUGAUACUAAACAGAUCUCUGUAUCUCUCUAUCAGAGAGAUCAGAGUCUGAGUGCACCUGUUUGUGAAAGACCGCCACAGCAACAGAGCUCCUCUUCUGAGAUACCUGCUGUUUACAGCGACACAACAGCAACAAAUACCAUCAGUCACAGCAAAUAUGAUAUUGAUUCAGUCCAGACUCAUAAAGAUUUGUUAGCAUUGACACAUGGUGGUGCAGGUGAUGCUGAGAGGCUUUCCCCAGAGAGGCAAAAUGAUGACAUUUUUACUGUUGAUACUGAACAGAUCUCUGUAUCAAGAAAGAACCCAGACAAUGCCAAUAUUGAUAGAAAUGUCUCCUGUUUAAAUCCACCCUCUGCCUUAUCAGACAUCAACUUUGGACAGUCUGAAAAUAGAUUAGGAGAAGAGUUAAGAUCUGAUCCUCAACCAGAGGAACAAAGAUUAGAUGUGUGUGUUUCUGUGCAUCCUGAUACGGUUACUGAUUUCCUAUCUGAAAGCAGCAUUACUCCUGUUGUUUCCUCUUCACUCCCAUCAGUGUUUUCUAAUCCUGCAAAGACCUAUGUAGAUGACCAGGAGGAAAUUAUUACACACAAAGCUAAAGACAGUGAUUUGGAAAAGGCACAAGCUCAAGACAGUGAAGAUGCUAUUGCUGUAGAUCAGAAUCAUCCACAAUCUUUAGAUAAAGGCAGUUUCCGCGAGAGUAGCACGUCUCACGGACUCACAGAGAGCAGUCACCCAGAUCUUCUCAUGGAUUUACUCAAGCAAAAUUCCCUCAGUUCAGGCAGUGAGGACACAGGGAAAACAAAACUGAUGUAUCAAGAAGAAAAAGGAAGUCAAGAGACAGAGCAAUCUGAUGCUCCAAAUAUCCAGUUGCAGCUACUGAAGGUUUUUAAGACUGUCUCCACAAGCCAGGACCUUUCAAUGCUUAAGGAAGUGAUGGAUACUCUCAGUAGUGCUCUGGGGUGUGACUCACAGCAGGAUCGGUGGCACACACUGGAGAGCAUUAAGGAGGAAAGCUCAGAGGGAGAGGAUGAGGUGUCAGGAGAGGAUGAGAGUGGUGCAAAGACUCACCAGCCAUCUGCAGAGGGCUCUGCCAGCUCAGAUGGCAGCAAAGUUGAGGUGGUCAAAAAUAAGCUGUUCUCCAUUCAGGAUUAUUUGGAGUGUGUUGGGAGGCUGCAGGAUCACUCUGAUGUUUUAGAAGAUGUCAGAAAAGACCUUGCAAUCCCAAUACCUACAGGCAACAACAUGGAAGAGUUGCAGACCCAAAUAGAGGAAUGUCAGUCUCUGGAGUCUCAGCUUUCUAGUCUGGCUGAACUUCUGACAGUAGAUAUGGAGAAAGCCAAACAUCUCAUAAACUCUGCCGAUGAGGAUGUUCCCAAACAAAUCCGCCAUGACUUGGUCUUGAUAUAUCUGGAGCUAGAGCCAAAUUUUACUGCUGUUUCUCAGAUGUGUGCAGAAAGAAGAAAGUCCCUGAUUCAAGCAAUGGACACAGGGAAGGUCAAUCUGGAAUCAACAUAUCAGCAGCAUCUCAGUGGUCUUAAUAAACUGGCAGGCCUAAUUCAAAAUAACUCUGAGAUGCUGGGUGUGGAUUUGAACACGUGUGAUGCAAACACUCUGGAAGAUCUGAGCCAGCAGAAUAAGGACAUGGAGGACCAUCUGCAAAAAGAAGCAAGGCUCAAAUUAGAGGAUGUCACAUUUGAUGUCCAGUGCUUUGUUUCAGAGCACACUCAGUUCCUGAGUCCAGCUCAGAGUAGCUACCUCCUCAAGUUCCUCAGCACCACUCAGCGAGCUUUCAGAAACCAGAUAGAAAGGCUUGCAACACAGAGGAGCGCCUUAGCUGUCCUACUUGAUGCCAGAGAGAAAGAAAACCUGGCAGAGUCUUUAUUGGAGAAACAGAAGGAGUUUACAGACAAGCUGGCAGAAGUGUGCGAUAAUCUCACCCUGACCGAGAACCGCCUGAUUGGUCACCAGCAACAGUCUGAUAAUGCUGAGAGUAUCACAGACCUGCAGCAGUACCAGCAGGAGCAUCAGGCUCUCCAAAAAGACGUGUUGACAAACGCCAGUGCCUUAAAUGACGUGAUCAGCAGUACUAAAAAGUUUCUGGAGGACAACCGAAGCAAGCUGACGCCAGAUCAAAUCGCCAUUAUUGAAAGCAAGCUGGAAGAGGCUAAAAGCAAAGCCAAACUCAUCAACCAGCGUGCUGAGGACUCCAGAAAAGAUUUGGAGAAAGCUGUCACGACAGCCAUACAACAGGAGAGCGAAAAGGCAGCAGCUGUUAAAAAGCUUGAAGAAAGUAAGAACAAAAUUGAAGGUCUCCUGGACUGGAUUUCCAACGUAGGAAAUGAAAACAAGAGCAGCCUGGAUCAAACAGACCAUGUGAGUCAAGAAAAUGGAAACCUGCCAGAGGAACCCUCAGCUAAGAAACUGAUAACAAAGGAUGACGAUGCCAAUGGAAACGCUUUGCAGACUCCUGAGAAGGAUUUUGGUAGAGAGACCAAGGCCGAGGACGAUGCAUCCCCGGGUCUUGAUAAGCAGUACCAGAGGCUCAAGGCCCAUCAUCAGGAGAUUCUGUCCCAGCAGCAGGAUCUGAUCACGGCCACUCAGUCAGCUCAGGCUCUGCUUGACAAACAAGCCAACGUGCUGUCUCCACAGGAGAAGGAGGCUUUGCAGAAGAACAUCCAAGAGCUAAAGGAGCGCUAUGAGACGUCCCUCACUCAAGCUGAGCAGCAGAUGAAGCAGGUGCAGUGUGUCCAGGAGGAGCUGAAGAAAUUCCAGGAUGACUGUGAGGAGUUUGAAAGCUGGUUAAACCAGGCUGAAGAAGAGAUUGAGCAACUUGGAGCACCUGCAAGCUCCCUUAAUAUCCUCAGCGAUAAACUUCAGCGACAGAAAAGCUUCUCAGAAGAUGUGAUUUCCCACAAAGGGGACCUUCGCUUCAUCACUAUUUCGGGACAGAAAGUGCUGGACGUGGCUAAAGGGUUUGGAUCUGGUGACCCAGCAGCUAAAAAUCCUCUGUUACACGUGGAUGCUUCAGGGACCUGUUCUGCUGUCAAGGAUAAACUAGAUUCAGCAGCCAGUCGAUAUAAAACACUACACUCACAGUGCAAUCUGCUUGGCAACAACCUCAAAGAAGUGGUUGACAAAUACAAAAAAUAUGACGACUCAAGCACCGGUCUGUUGAAGUGGCUCAACAGCUCAGAGGAGGAGGCGAGGAAGCAGCAAUCAGAGGCCAUAUCAGCUGACCCUCAAAUGCUGCAGAAACAGCUGGAGGACACCAAGGCUUUACAAGGUCAGAUGAUGGGACAUCAAACUGCUAUUGACUCUUUACGCAAAGCAGCUGAGACUUUAGUAACAUCUGAAGGUGACUUGCUGAGCGAUCCAGAUGAGAUCCAAGAGACAGUAGAUGACAUAGUGGAGCGUUAUGACAACCUUUCCAAAUCUGUAAGUGAUCGAAAUGAGAAGCUCCAGAUCACCCUGACUCGCUCUAUGAGUGUUCAGGAUGGCUUGGAUGAGAUGAUGGGAUGGAUGGAGGGAGUGGAGGCCAGUGUGGAAGAAAAAGGGCAAAUAGCCUUGGACUCUGCAUCUCUUGGAGAUAUCCUGAGCAAAGAAGCGGCUUUAGAGCAUGACAUAGCAAGUCGCCAGAGCAGCAUCUCAGCCAUGAAAGCCAAGGUGAAGAAGUUUGUGGAGACAGCUGAUCCCUCUGCUGCUGUGCUUCUGCAGUCUAAGAUGGACUCUCUCUCCCAGCGCUUCUCUGACGCGUGUGAUCGACAUAAGCAAAAAGUUGCUAAGAUAGAGCAACUGAAAGAAAAGGUUGAGCAGUUUGAGAACGUAGCGGAAAAAGUCCAGCAGUUUGUUGUAAAGCGCUCACAGGACCUGCACGAAACAGACGGGCCGGGGAAAACUUUCAACGAACUGUCACAGCUAAUGCAGAACACGAAAGCUGAGAUGGCUGAAUGUGCCAGUGAUUUCGAGAAGAUGCAGACUCUGUCCAAGGAGCUGUCUGAAAUAAGCCCUGAUGGAAACAAAACCCAAAUCCAGAGCAAGAUGGACAAUCUCUCAAACAUUUUCAGCACCUUUAAAGACACUGUCAAAGAAAAGGAAGAGGAGCUAUCAUCCUGCCAGGACCAGCUGGGAGAGUUCAGAUCUGCAGCCAGUGCUCUCACCAAGUGGCUGGAGGAAACCAAUGACAAAGUACCUGCAGAUCAGCCGAGCAGCAGUGAGAAAAGUCUGGAGAAGGACCUGCAGAUAGUCACUGGAUUAUUAGAUGAAUGGACAUCCAAAGGCCCUGCUGUCCAAGACCUGAACAGUAAAGGAUCAACACUGUGCAACUUGAUCACUUUUCUCACAUCACCUGCCAAGACUAAGACUCACAACAAGUCAGCUCUUACUAAUGGUGAUGGUCCAGCAAGCCAUACCUACCUAACCAACAAAGAGCUUAUGGUUAUUCAGCAGAACAUGUCAUUCAUCAACGAGGGGUACGCGAACCUCGGGGAAACGCUGAAGAGUCGAGCAGCAGAGCUGAGUAGUUUGGUGCAGGAGGUGAAAGAGGCCCAAAAGGAGACGGAUGACAUGAUGAAAUGGCUGAAGGACAUGAAAAAGACCACGCAAUCCUGGAGCAAGGCAGCCACAGAGAAAGAGUCAGUCAAAACACAGCUUGAACAGCAAAAGGCAUUUGAAGAUAACAUGAAGGAAAAACAGGAGGCCCUUCAUAAACUCCGACAGAAGCUCCUCAGUUUGAUCAAGACUCAUCCAAACUCCCCUGAGGCAGCAAAAUGGAAGCAGCUGCUGGCAGAAAUAGAUGCUGCCUGGGCAGACGUCAGCGGCUCUGUAGAGGAGAGGAAGCAGCACCUGGAGCAGUCCAAUAAGAAUCUGGACAUCUUCCAAACAACAGAGCAGCAGCUUGGUCAGUGGCUUUCAGAGAAGGAGCUGAUGAUGAGUGUCCUUGGACCCCUCUCGAUAGACCCGAACAUGCUUAAAAUGCAGAAGCAGCAAGUUCAGAUCCUCCAGAAUGAGUUUAAGAGCCGCAAACCUCAAUAUGAACAACUUGAGGAAGCUGCCUCUGUCAUCCUUAGCUCAUCAUCUAACCAGGACCCAUCAAGUGGGAAGCAGGUGAAGGAGCAGCUUGCUGCAGUCACCCAGAAGUGGGAAGGCCUCACAGGACAGCUGGACCAGCGAGAUAGCCUCAUUGACCAGGCGGUGGUGAAAACUGGAAUGUUUCAGGAGUUGCUGAGGGGUCUCAGUAACACUGCCACUCACCUGGAGAGCCAGCUCUCAAACCAUCAAGGCCUCAGCACCCAACCUGAUGCUGUGAAGAAGCAACUGGAGGCUGUCCAGAACAUCUCAGCUCAGCUGCGAGAGGAGAGGAAGAAGCUGAAGGAGGCAGAGGCCAUCAAUGAAGAGCUCACAGCAAUGGUGACUGAGGACUACCUCAAAGCAGACCUCGCAAGGCAGCUGGAGAGUGUCCGCAAGCCUUUUAAGCAGUUGGAAGAGAAAGCAGCAAAAAGAAUUGAACAGUUGAACUCAACCUUUGCCAGCUCUCAGCAGUUCCAUCAGACUUCCAAAGAUUUCCAGUCAUGGCUGGGUGAGAAGCUCCAGGACCAGUUUGAGCCCAAACCCAUUUCUGCUAAAGUGGAGGUUCUGCAACAAACUGUGGAGGAGCACAGUAAACUCCAGAAGGCUCUCAGUGAACACGAGGAAGCUUUCAAUACCAUCAUUGGAGAGGGAGAGAUGCUUCUGCACAACACUGAUGGUGCAGAGAAGUUAGCACUACAAGGUCAGCUCACUACCCUCUCUUCCAACUGGGAAGAAAUGAAGAAGAGCUCUGCAGAGCAGGCUGACAAACUCCAAACUGCUCUGAUGAGAUCACUGAAGUAUCAGGAGCACGCAGAGAAGCUCAACUCUUGGAUUCAGGAGUGUGAAGCUAGUGAGGGCCGAGUGAAGCUCACCGUUGAUCCCGUUGCUGUGGAGAGCUCCAUUUCUCAGUUGAAAGCUCUCCAGAAGGAUGUUGAUAAGCACAGAGGGCUGGUGGAGCAGCUCAACACAGCUGCAGAGAGCCUUCUUGAAGUGGCCAACACAGACACUGAAGCUAUAAAAGAGGAGAAGACUAGUACUGGGAAAAGAGUUGACAAUAUAGUGGAAAGUCUGCAGGCUAAAAGGGAAUCCCUAGAGGAGAUCUCACACACAGUAAAGGAAUUUAAUGAUGCAUACAAAGAGGCAAAGACUCAGCUUGAGGGAGCUAAGAAGCAAGUGGAUGCCUAUGAAACACAGGGAGUGCAGGCGCACAGCAACAAGAACCUGACCAACAUGAAAGCGCAACAUAAGAGUUUAGAGGCUGUGCAGAACCAAGUAGAGCACAUGAAGGCCUUGGCGAAGGACCUUGUGGUAGAUAUCCCAGAUGCUGAGGGGGUGACAGACCUCUUAUUACAGGCAGACAGCAUAGAAAAAGACUACAGCAACCUUAACAAGAAACUGGAGGAGACAUGUCAAGAAUUGGAGGGUAAACUGCAGGGUAUCGGGCAGUUCCAAAACAACAUUCGUGAGAUGUUUGCACAGUUCACAGAGCUGGAUGAUGAGCUGGACAGCAUGUCUCCUGUGGAUCUUGACUUGGACACCCUUAAAGAACAGCAGGACAGCAUUCAGAGUUUUGUGGCUAAGCUGCAGGAGCUCAUGGCUAACACAGCCAAUGCUGGAGACAGCUGCAAGAAGAUGUUAGACUCUGAACCUUCACCUGACCUUUUGGGCCUGAAGAGAGAUCUGGAUGCUCUGAGUAAGCAGUGUGGCAAAUUAUUAGACAGAGCCAAGGGAAGAGAGGUCCAGGUACAGAGUACUCUCACAAAGCUAGAGGAGCUGUAUGGUAAACUCCAUCAAAUGGAAGAUAAACUCUGCGGAGCUGUGGACAAGGAGGCAUCCCAGGAGGCAGUCGGCAUGGAGACAGAUGUGAUCAACCAGCAGCUGGAGGCUUUCAAGGCUUUUCAGAAAGAGGACAUUGAUCCACUGCAGACCCAGCUUCAAGACAUCAAUUCUCUCGGGCAGGGGCUCAUCCAGAAUGCUGCUAAAGGCACCAGCACUAAGAAGCUUGAAGAUGACCUGGAAGGUGUCAACACCAAGUGGAAUACCCUCAACAAAAAGAUUGCUGAGCGCUCAGCCCAGCUGCACGAAGCCCUCUUGCAUUGUGGCCAGUUCCAGGAUGCUCUGGAGUCCCUUCUCAGCUGGUUGACUGACACAGAGGAGCUUGUGGCCAAUCAAAAACCUCCCUCUGCCGAGUUCAAAGUGGUGAAGGCACAGAUACAAGAGCAGAAACUCUUACAGAGGCUGCUGGACGACCGAAAGCCGACAGUGGAGCUGAUAAAAAAGGAGGGAGGGAAGGUUGCAGAACUGGCAGAGUCUGUGGAUAAGGAGAAAGUGGCCAAAGAGAUUGAAUGCCUGGGACAGAGGUGGGACACUCUUCUCAAGAAGGCUGAAAACAGGCAUAAACAACUAGAGAGCAUCUUAGUGGUCACUCAGCAGUUCCAUGAGACUCUGGAGCCCCUGAGUGAGUGGCUCGCAGCCACAGAGAAGCAUCUCGCCAACUCUGAGCCAAUAGGCACUGAGACAUCUAAGCUAGAAGAUCAGAUCUCUCAACACAAGGCUUUAGAGGAGGAGAUUAUGAAUCACAGUAAAGACCUGUUUCAGGCUGUCAGUCUUGGCCAAGUGCUCAAAACUGUGAGCUCAGUGGAUGAUAAGGAGUUUGUUCAGUCCAAACUGGACACCACUCAGGCCAGUUACAUAGAGCUCCAGGAGCGAUGCAGGAGGAAAGCUGAGAUGCUCCAGCAAGCUCUGGCAAAUGCCCAGCUGUUUGGAGAGGACGAAGUGGCACUCAUGAACUGGCUCAACGAGGUGCACACAAGGCUGAGUCAAGUGUCGGUGGAGGACUACAGAAUAGAGGUUCUUGAAAAGCAGCUGGCAGAGCAACGGGCACUUCAAAAUGAUAUUGGCUUAAGGAAGAGAAAUGUUGACCAAGCCAUCUCUAAUGGGGUAGAGCUGCUGAAGCAAACAACAGGCGAUGAGGUGAUUGUUAUCCAAGGCAAACUGGAUGGAAUAAAAACAAAAUAUGCUGAGAUAAACUCUAUGAGUGACAAUGUGUUGAAGACGCUGGAGCGGGUUUUGAGUCUGUCUUCUAAGCUGCAGCAUACUCACAAGGACCUGAGUUCCUGGCUAGAGAAAGUAGAGUCUGAGAUUGACAGCUUUGCUCAUCAGGAGCCAGUCGGUGAGCAGCUGAUUCAGUCACAAAGCAGGCAGAAGGCCUUGCUGAAAGAGACCAAAGACCAAAAACCAGUGUUGGAUCAGCUGAAUGAGUUGAGUGGUUCACUCUUGGAUCUGAUCCCCUGGCACACUCGGGAGAGUUUGGACAAACUCGUGUCUGAGGAUAACGAGAGGUACAGAGCUGCCUAUGACAUCAUCACCCAGAAAGUUGACCAGAUCAAUGCUGACAUACUCAAGUCACAACAGUUUGAACAGGCUGCAGACAAUGAACUCUCCUGGCUGACUGAUGCUGAGAGGAAGCUGCUAUCGAUGGGCGAGAUCAGGCUGGAGCAGGACCAAACCACAGCUCAGCUUCAAGCACAGAAGAUUUUCUCCAUGGACAUCAUGAGACAUAAAGAUGCUGUAGAUGAGAUUGUGAAAACAGGAAAGGCCAUCAUGAGCAGCAAAAACCCAGAGGAGAAAGCAGUCUUGAAGGCCAAGACCCAGACUCUCCUCGAGAAGUAUGGUGUUGUCAGUCAGCUGAAUUCAGAGCGCUGUCUGCAGCUGGAGCGAGCCCAGUCUCUAGCCACUCAGUUUUGGGAGACCUAUGAGGAACUGUGGCCAUGGCUUCAGGAAACUUUAAGCACCUUCAGCCAGCUGCCCCCACCUGCCAUUGAGUACGACACACUCAGGCAGCAGCAAGAGGACCUCAGGCAAAUGCGGGAACUGAUUGCAGAGCACAAGCCCCAUAUUGACAAGAUGAAUAAGACUGGGCCUCAGUUACUUGAACUCAGCCCAGUGGAGGGUGAACCCAUCAGAGAGAAAUACACAGCAACUGACCAACUUUACACCAAACUCAAGGCUGAUGUCAAGCAGAGAGCUGCCACUUUGGAUGAAGCCAUCUCCAAAUCCACUCAGUUCCAUGAUAAAAUUGAUCCCAUGCUGGAAUCCCUUGAACGAAUCGCUGAACGCCUCCGCCAGCCUCCAUCCAUCUCUGUGGAGGUGGACAAGAUCAAGGAGCAGAUUACUGAAAAUAAGACGGUCUCUGUGGACUUGGAGAAAUUGCAGCCCUCUUAUGAGACACUGAAGCAACGAGGUGAAGAGAUGAUCGCACGAUCUGAAGGGGCUGACAAGGACUUAUCUGCCAAAGCUGUGCAAGACAAGCUGGACCGAAUGGUAUUCCUGUGGAACGACAUCCAGGCGUUGGUGGAGGAGCGGGAGGCGAAGCUGCUGGAUGUGAUGGACCUGGCAGAUAAGUUCUGGUGUGACCAUGGCGGUCUCAUCAUCACCAUUAAAGACAGCCACGACCUGCUGAGGGAGCUGGAGGAGCCCGGAGUCGAUCCUUCAGUCGUCAAACAGCAGCAGGAAUUUGUGGAGGGAUUUAAGGAGGAGAUUGAUGGACUGCAGGAGGAACUUGAUGGAGUUCGAAACCAGGGUGCAGAGCUUAUGACUGCCUGUGGGGAACCUGAUAAACCUGUGAUAAAGAAGAGCUUGGAUGAGGUGAAUACAGCAUGGGAGAAUCUCAAUAAAACUUGGAAGGAGAGAGGAGAGAGACUAGAAGAAGCCAUGCAAGCUGCUGUGCAGUUUCAAGAUGGCCUACAGGGUAUGUUUGACUGGGUGGAUAUUCUGGAAAGUAAGCUGGAUUCAAUGUCACCCGUGGGCACGGAUCUAGAAACCGUCAAGCAGCAGAUUGUGGAACUCAAGGAGUUCAAAGGAGAAGCGUACCAGCUACAGAUUGAGAUGGAGCGCCUGAACCACCAGGCCGGCCUCCUGCUGAAGAAGGUGACAGAGGAAGCUGAUCGCUGCACCAUCCAGGAGCCAAUGUCUGAACUCAAGAUGCUUUGGGACAACCUGGAUGAGAAGAUCAUCAGCCGGCAGCACAAACUGGAGGGAGGCCUUCUCGCGCUGGGGCAGUUCCAGCAUGCACUGGAUGAGCUGCUGGCCUGGAUGAGCCACACCGAGGAGCUGCUCAAUGAACAGAAAAACACUGGAGGAGACCCCAAAGCCAUCGAGAUAGAGCUCGCCAAGCACAACGUUCUCCAAAUAGAUGUUUUGGCUCAUAAGGCAACAGUUGAGACAGUGAACAAAGCUGGCAAUGAUCUGGUGCAGUCCAGCGCUGGAGAGGAAGCUUCUAGUCUGCAGAGCAAACUGGAGAAUCUGAACCAGAGGUGGAAAGCCAUCCUGGAAAAGAUGGAACAGAGGAAGCAACAACUGGAAAGCUCUCUGCUUCAGGCCCAGGGUUUCCAUGGUGAGAUAGAAGACAUGCAGCAGUGGCUGAAAGACACAGAACGUCAGCUGUUGGCAUCAAAGGCUGUGGGAGGCUUACCAGACACGGCCCGGGAGCAGCUUAACGCCCAUCUGGAGUUGUGUUCUGCCUUUGAGGUCAAAGAGGAGCUGUAUCAGGAGCUCCUGGACAAGGGUCACCAGCUGCUCACAAUGACACCAGAGGGUCCAGACAGCAACACGGAGCAGGACCUCGCCAACCUGAAAGAAAAAUGGGAAGUGGUGCAGGCGAAGGUUGCUGAAAGAAAGGUGAAACUAGAAGAAGCUUUGACGCUGGCCACAGAUUUCCACAACUCUCUGCAAGAUUUCAUCAACUGGCUGACCCAAGCAGAGCAGACCCUGAACACGGUUUCCCCCGCUUCCCUCAUACUGGAGACCAUCAUGUUUCAGAUAGAUGAGCAUAAGAUGUUUGUGACAGAGGUAAACUCCCACAGAGAGCACAUUAUUGAACUGGACAAGACAGGCACACAUCUGAAGUACUUCAGCCAGAAACAGGAUGUGGUCCUGAUAAAGAACCUGCUGCUCAGCGUCCAAGGCCGCUGGGAGAAGCUGGUGCAGAGGUCUGUUGAGCGAGGUCGUCUGUUGGAUGAAGCCAGGAAGAGGGCGAAACAGUUCCAUGAAAAUUUCAAUAAAUUGAUGGAGUGGCUAGAUGAAUCUGAGAAGACUCUGGACUCUGAAGUGGAAAUUGCCAAUGAUCCAGAUAAAAUCAAGAUGCAGCUGGUGCAACACAAGGAGUUCCAGAAAGCUCUUGGCAGCAAACACUCUGUGUAUGAUACUACCACUCGAACGGGGCGGGCCCUGAAAGACAAGACCUCUUUACAGGAUGAUAAUCAAAAGCUGGAUGACAUGCUGAGUGAACUGAGGGACAAAUGGGACACUGUUUGUGGGAAGUCAGUGGAAAGACAAAACAAGCUGGAGGAAGCCUUGUUGUUCUCUGGCCAGUUUACAGAUGCUCUCCAGGCUCUCAUUGACUGGUUGUACAGAGUGGAACCUCAGCUGGCUGAGGACCAGCCCGUACACGGAGACAUAGACCUGGUUCUGAACCUGAUCGACAACCACAAGGUUUUUCAGAAGGAGCUGGGAAAGCGGACAGUAAGCGUUCAGGCCCUCAAACGUUCGGCAAGGGAGCUGAUCGAGAACAGUCACGACGACUCCUCCUGGGUCAAAGUCCAGAUGCAGGAGCUGAGCACGCGCUGGGAGACGGUGUGCAACCUGUCGGUGUCUAAGCAGGCCCGGCUGGAGCAGGCCUUGGGCCAGGCUGAAGAGUUUCACUCUACUGUUCAUAUCCUGCUGGAGUGGCUAGCUGAGGCAGAACAAAGUUUGCGUUUCCACGGCAGCUUGCCCGAUGAUGAGGAAGCUCUGCAGGCGCUUAUCGAACAGCACAAGGGGUUCAUGAAAAAACUGGAGGAAAAGCGAGUGGCUCUAAAUAAAGCAACCAGUAUGGGGGAGGCCAUUCUCAGCAUCUGUCAUCCAGACUCUAUCACAACCAUCAAGCACUGGAACACCAUCAUUAAAGCCCGCUUUGAAGAGGUUCAGGCUUGGGCCAGGCAGCACCAGCAGCGACUGGCCACGGCCCUCACUGAGCUGUUAGCUACUCAGGAGCUGCUGGAGAAUCUUCUGACAUGGCUGCAGUGGGCUGAGACCAACCUCAAUGACAAGGAUAAGGAGCCACUCCCUCAGGAGAUCGAGGAGGUCAAAAACCUAAUAGCAGAACACCAGGCAUUCAUGGAGGAAAUGACCAGGAAGCAACCAGAUGUUGACAAGAUCACCAAGACACACAAAAGAAAGGCUGCCGUGGAGCCCCAAAUCCAGUCUCAGAUCCCUGUGCUGGACAAAGGAAGAGCUGGAAGAAAACGUUCUCCCACGCAAACGAUGUAUGCGUCAUCAACACAAGCUCCCAUUGAAACAAAGAACCCACGGGUUAACCUUCUGGUCACCAAGUGGCAGCACGUGUGGCUGCUGGCUUUGGACCGAAGGAGGAAACUCAACGAUGCUUUGGACCGACUGGAAGAGCUAAAGGAAUUCGCCAACUUUGACUUUGAUGUGUGGCGGAAACGCUACAUGCGCUGGAUGAACCAUAAAAAGUCUCGUGUCAUGGACUUCUUCCGGCGCAUUGACAAAGAUCAAGAUGGCAAGGUGACCCGACAGGAGUUUAUAGAGGGCAUUCUCUCUUCCAAAUUCCCUACCAGUCGUCUGGAGAUGAGCGCCGUAGCCGACAUAUUUGACAGAGACGGUGACGGCUACAUUGACUACUACGAGUUUGUGGCAGCUCUACAUCCCAACAAAGACGCUUACAAACCACUAACAGAUGCUGACAAAAUUGAAGACGAGGUCACGCGCCAAGUGGCGAAGUGCAAAUGUCCAAAACGAUUCCAGGUGGAGCAAAUUGGUGCCAAUAAAUACCGGUUCUACCUUGGAAAUCAGUUUGGUCUGGUUCACUGCUUACAUGACUCCUUAAUCGGCGAUGAGACAAUAGCAAACAGGGAAAAUCAAAAUCUUACCCCCCACCUACACGUUGCAGUUUUGGAAAGCUGUAUUCUGUUUGGAGACUCUCAGCAGCUUCGCCUCGUGAGAAUUUUACGCAGCACUGUGAUGGUGCGGGUGGGAGGAGGCUGGAUGGCUCUGGAUGAGUUUCUGGUGAAGAAUGACCCCUGUCGCGUUCAUCACCACGGGAGCAAAAUGUUGCGCUCGGAAUCAAACUCUUCAAUUACUCAGUCUCCUAUAGCUAAAGGCAGAACCAAUGUGGAGCUAAGAGAGAAGUUCAUCCUCCCAGAGGGAACCACUCAAGUGAUGGCGAGCUUCCGCUACAGAGGCCGGAGGUCUCGGCCAUCAUCUCGAGGAGCUUCUCCCAACAGAUCCACCUCCAGUCAGAGCCUUCCAGUCCCAGCCGCAAUGAGCACACCCAAGAAUCCCCAACACAUAACCCGCAAUUAUGAUAAGCCAUGGCUUACAAACAGCAAACCCUCCACUCCUCUUAAAUCAUCAGACUCCUUUGAGAGCCAAGGUUCAUCCUCAGAGAGUAAUCCGGUUCAAGGCAGCAGAUUGCGUCUGCCUGGGUACUUGUCCGGCAAAGGAUUUCAGUCAGGUGAAGAGGGAAGCUUGAUCAACGCUGCUGUACUAAAAGCUCGAACUCAGACAAUAGGUGAAUCAAGAAAAAAUUCCAGCCGACCAGGAAGCAAAGCCGGAAGCAGAGGAAGUAGUCGCAGAGGAAGUGACGCCUCUGACUUUGACAUCUCAGACAUCCAGUCCGUGUGCUCAGAUGUUUCUGAGACGGUUGGUGAAUCUACCAGAGCGACGCCGCGCUCUGCAUCCCGCCAACACGGAGGAAAACCCUCUAAGAUCCCCACUCCUCAAAGAAGAGCCACUCCUACAAGCAAACUGGCCAAGGGAUCCAAGCGAUAGACAGUGGCCUUGAAAACAAACAACCCAGGAGCUAGUUGCACCCUAAACACAUAACGGACACUGGAGACGUGUAACUUAAAAAAAAAAAGACUGCAAAUGUGUUGCGUGUUAUUUAAAUUCUUGCAAAGAUGUAAAAUAUUCUGUUAAGAGGCAAUAUGGUUUAAUAUUUUGUGAGAAUGGAACGUUAACGGCCUUGUGUAUUUGUUUUUAAUGUAUUUUACUUUUUGUGAAAAUGUGUCAAAUUGUUUUUAUUGUAUUUUAUUUUUAUUUAUGCAAAUCCUGUAGAGGAUUGAUGAACACUAGAAAAUCUGGAAACGAUCGUGUCGAACUAACAUUUCUACACUAAUGAAGGGCAAAAUGCAGGAUAGUGCUCUGAGAGUUACUGAAUGUACUGUAAUUUAUGUAUGCUUUUGUUUGGAGUAGAUGGUGCAUUAUGGUACCGUUUGACACACUGCAAUUAUCUAUUUAAGUGCUAUGUUAUACUGCCAACAUGCAUUUAAAGGGCAAUGCAAUAUACUACAAUAAACCCCACUAAGCACUGCAGAAGCCUUUGAAAACCCCUAUUUAAGACAAGUAGCAGAAACCUCGUAACCAUGACGCUUUUAUGUCCUGUUUGUCAGCAGCUGCAGCCCUUCUUUUUGUUUAACCACCUCACAGCAAAUGAGUACAGUGACCUUGAAGAGGUGCCACUUUAUGUAGACAUUCUCUGUGCAUCCAUGUCAAUGUAUGGUUAAUUUCGGUAGAGCUGAAAUUGUUAUUGUAACAUUACUUUGUAAUAAACCUGCUUGCAGAAAGACACCAGAGACUGGUGUGCACCACA